GCACGUACAGAGGCUCAUUCAACUUUCAUUCGGUGGCAGAUGUGGUUCCUCCGGUUCGAGCGCAUCCGUAGUCAUGAAUAGCGCUACAAUCUGUUUCAUGUGUGGUCAAAAUUCUGUGGAGUUGCACCUGGCAUCAGACGACUCAAGGCUCAGUAUCAGCAAUAUUAUCAGCCAACAUUUCUGGUUUGAGGAAGAUGUCCUGCAAACUGCCUUCAUUUGUGAGUCUUGCUGGCAGAAAGUGGAUCAAUUCCACCGCUUCUACCAAGAGGUGAGACAGCACCAUGAUCAAUUGAUGCAACCCGACGCGGUUUUCAUCAAACAGGAAGAGAUUGAGCUCGUGGAUGAGGUAGAGGGAAGAAUUCAAGAGUUUUGUACAGAGGAUGUAGUACUGGAGGAAGUAGGGAACCCAUUCGAAGAAAAGAGUGAAGUUGAAAACGAAUGCAAGAAACAACCAGUUACAACGAAUUCUAAAUCGAAACCCAUCUCCUCGAGAGAAACCAAACAACGGGAAGAGGAUGAUUUCAUCAAACAGCACAGACCUUUCCUUUGUGACGAUUGUCCUGUGAAGUUUGAGAGUUUCGCAAUGAUCCUUCGUCAUACAGUCGACAUUCAUGGGAAGCCAUACAUUAAGUGCUGUAACGUACGGUACAGAAAUCGAACUUUACUAUUCCAACACGUCCAGCUUGUGAUCAAUCCCGAUGCGUUCAAAUGCGAAAUUUGUGGCAAAUCGUACAUGUUACAUUCCACAUACGUGCGUCACAAACAGGAAGUUCAUCUGAACGAGGAUCAAUUGGUUUUAAAAUGUGAUCGAUGCCCGAAACUUUUCUCUAAGCAAGACCUGCUCCGGCGCCACAUAGCCAAACAUGAAACCCUGGAGAAGGAGGAAGCCAAAUGCGAAAUCUGUGGCAAGUGCUUUGGGACGCAAAUUUCCCUGAGGGAUCAUAUACAGGCCAUUCACGAGAAGAAAGCCAACUACAUCUGCGAGAUCUGCUCGAAACCAUUCACCAAACGGCAAGUUUUUCUGGACCAUCGCAUAACUCACGACCUUACGGCAGACCAACUGAAGAGGCAGUGUCCGAUUUGCAAAAAGUGGCAAAAGAAUCCCAAAAUCUGGAAGAAACACAUAACACGACAUAAAAGCGAGGGAGCAUUCAAGUGCGAUCAAUGCGAUCACGUUUCCAUUAACUUGGUGGCGUUGAAGUGUCACAUUGAACGGCAACAUAAGAAAAUGCGGAAGUUCGUGUGCGAUCUGUGCGGUAAGGAGUAUUCGCGUCCGGUAACGCUGAAGGAGCAUGUCGCCAAUGCGCACACGGGACAACCACUGUACCAAUGUACGUUUUGCGACAAGAAUUUCUUCUCGAAUGCCUCCAUGUACUCGCACAGGAAGAAGGUUCAUCCACAAGAGCUGGAGGAGUACAACAGGACCAAGUAUAGCAUGGCGGAAAAGAGCGGAGAAAGUGGUGAUGGAAUGCUGUAAUAAUUAAUAAUAAAUCUUUAUUAAUCUUAAUAAAUUAUUAGCAAAUCUUCUA